AUGGCUGAUGAGGAGAGCCGGCCGCUGCUGGACGAGCAAGCCAGGUCCUCUUCUCCUGGCCCGUCCUUGGGUACCGCCACUCGUCCCGACCAGCCUCGCCGAUCAUUUGAACUAUCAUCUGAAUCAACACCGUUACUUCAUCGUCGCAACGACGACAUUACUACAUAUGGAACUGAACGAAGAUUAUCCGAGUCGGAGUUGGCCGAUCAUGAUACCCCCAAGAAACAGAGCCGAGUGAGGUGGCCAACUGUGAUAUCCCUCGUGGUGCUAACCACCACUGUCUUGGGGAUCCUGGUCUUUGCCUUUGCUGCACCGGCAAUAGUCAAAGAAUAUGCUCAAGAAGCAGCAGUAUUCAAACCAAUCUCACUUUCGAUCGAUUCCACGACGGAAGAUGGCGUGCGAGCUCGAGUACAAGGCGACUUCGUCAUGGAUGCCCGUCGUGUGAAGACCAAGUCGAUGCGUGACUUUGGGCGCUUCAUGACCUGGAUAGCCCGAGAGGUUGAGACGGGAGAAUCAGACGUCGAGGUGUAUCUACCGGAGUAUGGAAAUAUCCUGGUGGGAAAUGCGCAUUUGCCAUCUAUUAAAGUCAACAUUCGCAAUGGGCAUCAAACCCAUGUUGAUUUUCUGACCAACUUGACCGCGGGAGACAUCAAGGGUCUGCAUUCAAUUGCUAGAGAUUGGAUAGAAGGAAGGUUAGCACGCCUGAGUGUGCGAGGCAAGGCAACCCUGCAUUUGAAAUCAGGCAUCCUAGCCCUUGGUACUCAGACAUUGACGGAUACCGUCACAUUUGAAGAAAAUAAUUUCCCUGCUCUUCCCAAGAUUGACAUCACCAAGCUUAACGUGCAUGACGCUGCACACGGAGCUUUGGCUGUGGACGUUCAAGUGUCCGCGGGCAUUGAUUCUCCCGUUGCCCUUACAAUUCCAGCACUCGAAUUCGCAGUGUUUGUACCAAACUGCUCACCCGGUGAUCCUUAUAUCCUGGUUGCCGAUGCCAAAACAGCCGAGGUUCAAGUGCGCCCAGACGCACCGACCAUUAUCAGCGCUCAAGGCCUUAUCAAUCAACUGCCUGACGAAUUAACCACCACCUGUCCGGGAGGCAAUGGCUCACCAUUGGACUUUUUGGUUUCGAAUUAUGUCCAGGGUAUUCAGUCCACCAUUUAUGUCCGUGGUGCAGACUCACCAUCGACUGAAACCCCAGCGUGGAUUGCCGAUCUGCUACGCAGUGUUACUGUGCCACUGCCAUUUGCAGGAAGUCCUCUGGAUGACCUCAUGAAGAACUUUACCAUGACAGACACGCAUUUCUCCCUUCCUAAUCCAUUUGCGGAACCAGGAUCUCCGGACUCCCAGCCUACAGUAUCUGCCCUGGUGAAGGUGCUUAUUAGCUUGCCGGAUCAGAUGAACGUUCAAGUCGAGGUCCCAAGCGUUCGAGCUCUUACGAACGUGUACUAUACUGGGAAGGAACUAGGUGUCUUGAACAUCGACAAAUGGCAAGACGCCAACUCGACGAGGGUGGAGCUUGAGGAUGGCUCCUCGGCGCUGCUUGUGGAGUUCCCCAUCAAGGAUGCCCCAUUACAAGUAACGGACAGCGAUGUUCUGGCGCAGGUUGUCCAAGAGAUGCUUUUCGGCGACAAGGGAGUCAUCUUGCAUGUUGCUGCCACCGUAGAUGCGAAGGUCGAGACGGGGCUGGGUCGCUUCGCCGUGCACGGGAUUCCGGGAGAAGGGAACGUGCCCGUCAACAUUCCGACUGGAAACUCGAUUGGCAACCUCAAUCCCACCAUCGUAUCUAUGCAGUUGGGCGACACUACUGAAACUUCUUUGGACGUAUCUGUUCUAAUGAACUUUACAAACCCAACCAACUACUCUGCGACUAUUCCCUUCUUUGAUGUUGAGUUGCUAUUCAACGCGACGGCUAUCGGCCAUGUUUUCGCCCGCAAUUUAUCAGUAGUCCCUGGGAACAACACCAACGUCUCGAUUCAGAUGUCUUGGGAUCCAUUUAGCAACGGAGGUCAGGCUGGAGUAGAAGCUGGGCGGAAGUUUGUUUCAUCGUAUAUCUCAGGAACUAACACAACUGUGACGAUUAAGACGCAUGAAGGGACGUUCCCUACACUUCCGGACCUUGGCAAAGCUCUUUCAGUCUUGUCAUUCAAUGUUCCUGUCCCACAUGUGUCAAUACCUCGAGCACCAGGGGAUGACGACGAAGAUGAUAAACCUCCCCAUUUCAUACAAGACGCAACACUCCACCUUUGGUCCUCUACAGUUGAGUUCACCGUAUUCUCCCCCACAGCCGAGACCAGCAUCACCGUCACCUCAAUAGACGCGACGUCAUAUCAUGAAGACGAACCAUUGGGCCACAUCAACUACUAUAAACCGUUCGAUAUUCCUCCCGGUAUUUCCCAUUCGCCUCGGUUACCUGUUGAACUAGUCCUAGGCGGGGUAGGUUAUGACACCUUGCGUAAGGCUCUGGGGCAAGAGUUGGUGUUGGAUGCCGUUGCUAAGGUUGGGGUGCGGGUUAAGAAUUAUACUGAUAUCGUUCUUUAUCAUGGGAAUGGGAUUGUGGCGAAGGUAAGGAUUUGA